AGAAACAUCCUCUCGCUACUCAAAGCAUCGCUCUGAUCACUAUAUAGGGAUGCCGGGGAGCUUAACCCGUUUCCUACAAGCCAAGAAGAACUCGUCGACCGAGAGACAUCGAUAGCACUGCGUUCUUGCAGCGGCCAAGCUAGCUCGCCGGCGCCGGGGUGAUCGAAAUGGCGCGGGGGCCCAUGAGCGCCACGCGGCGCACGCGCCCGACGACGGCGCAGUGCUUCGCGGCGACACUGUUCGCGCUGCUCGUCGUCGCCGCCAUUGUCGUCAUCAUCUGGCUGGCGCUCCGGCCCGGGAAGCUCCACCUCUCCGUCGACCACGCCACGGUGCGCGGCUUCAACUUCACGGCGGGGGACAGCGGCCUCGCCGGCACCUUCCUCCUCGCUCUCCGCGCCUACAACCCCAACAAGCGGUCCGUCGUCUACCGCUCCAUCGACGUCGGGGUCUGGUUCGGCGACACGUACCUCGGCGGCGCCGAGGUGCCCGGGUUCCGCCAGCCGCCGCGCAACGAGACGAGGAUCGACGUCGCCGCGCCGGCGGUGCGGGGCGCGCUACCGCGGGAGGUGGAGCGGGCGAUCAAGCGGGACCGGUCCGGCGGGAAGCUGCCGCUCGACGUGCACGUCCGGAGCAAGGUGUCGUUCAGGUACGGCAUCGUCAGGACGCGGCGCUACAAGAUGCGCGCGAGCUGCCCGCUCGUGCCCGUCGACUUCGCGUCGCCGACGUCCUUUGAUCGGGUCUACUGCCAUGUGCAUUUCUGAGUUCGUGCUACUUGUCAGGCAUAUUGUACAGCGUGUGUUUGCUUGUAUCGUGUUUGGUUUGAUUUGAGGAUUAAUUCCUUCUGCGCGCGUGUUUGGAUUGGCUUUAUAUUGUUCUUUGAUCUUCUUCAUUUCUGGGUUGUUAUUCUUUGAUGUAGAUAUAAUUUCGGUAAAUUUGGAAUAUAAUUCUCCGUAAAUGU